UUUUAUCAUGUACAAUGUCGCAUGAGCCCUAUGUUAUGUAUGUACACACGUAUACCGGGAUGGCAUGUACCUCUGUACCUGUGCCCUCAUUCAUUGACACAAUGAAAACUGAAGAUUUAAUCCAAAGAGUAACCGUUGCCUGCCUGUGCUGCCUUCUCUGUAUCGGAGUUGAUCAUUUUGCUGGUGCAGACCAAGUCCAGCAGACUACACAACAGCAAGAUCAGCAGCAACAACAGCAGCGACAGCAACAACAAAUUUACAGAACUGGGGAGAGCAGCCCAAAGUCUAGCCAGAAUAAACAUGGAGAUGUCAGGGCAGCUAGUCCCGCACAAGAUGGACAGCUGAACCAAGAAAUAAUAAAUCAGGAAACCUCAAAUGAGAGGACUGGUGCUCCUGGUGGUCAGAGCCAACAGCAGCAACAACAACAACAGCAACAACAACAUCAUCAACAGCAGCACCAACCUAUUGUGCAGUCAGAAAAAGCAAACCGAAAAUCUCAAGCAGAACACCAAUCCCAACCCACUGGUUCAAACAUUCCACAACAGCAGCCGGUUAUUCAACAGCGAACACCACAGAACCAACAGCAGCAGUGGCAGUCACAGACGCAGGCUGUUAACCAACAACCUAAUGUGGACACAAGGACUGCACCACAGCAGACUUCUCAGCCCACCCAGGUUAAUGGAAACUUACCGCCAAGCUCAUCCAGUGAUCAAGGCACUGGCCAAUCAGUAAACACAAAUCAGAAGGUUCAGACAGAUCAGAGAUCUAACACCCCAAAUCAACAAAGCAAUACCAAUGCCCAACAGCAAGCAGCUGGCCCACAAAGUGUGCCUUCCAAAACCGAGACAAGUGGAGGUAUCCCAUCCAAGGAACAAAUGCUCAACCCUGAAAAAUUAGAGCAGUUACACGAAGAAACGGAACGGAGGUUGCAGAUGCUGCAACAGAAGCAUAAGCAGCAACAGGAAAUAUUAAAUAGGCAAAAACUGCAGCAGCAACAAGCACAGCAGCAACAGCAGCAACAUACUCCUCAACAGUCUCCUCAGCACCAGUCUACACCGCCUCAGCAUGUAUCUCCACAGCAGCAACAGGCAAAUGUGCAGCAACAAGCACAGCAGCAACAGCAGCAACACACUCCUCAACAGUCUCCUCAGCACCAGUCUACUCCGCCUCAGCAUGUAUCUCCACAGCAGCAACAGGCAAAUGUGCAGCAACAAGCACAGCAGAAACAGCAGCAACAUACUCCUCAACAGUCUCCUCAGCACCAGUCUACUCCGCCUCAGCAUGUAUCUCCACAGCAGCAACAGGCAAAUGUGCAGCAACAAGCACAGCAGAAACAGCAGCAACACACUCCUCAACAGUCUCCUCAGCACCAGUCUACACCGCCUCAACAUGUAUCCCCACAGCAGCAACAGGCAAAUGUGCAGCAACAGGCCGUUAAUCAACGACAGCAUGUUCAACAACAGCAUCCCCCACAGCAACCACCACUGCAACAGGGUCAACCUGUACAGCAACAGCAGCAACAGCCCAACCCUGCCCAGCAUCAGCAACAACGGCAACAGCAACCUCCUCAGCAACAUGCUGUGAAUCAGCCGCAGUCCUCAUCGCAACAGCAACAGACGCCACAGUCACAGCAACAGCAACAACCUUCAGUCAACCAGCAACCUCCCAGUCAGCAUGUGCAGCAGCCUCCACAGCAAGUACAACAGCUUCCUUCUCAACAGCAACAACAACAACAGCAGAAGGAACCACCCAAGGUACAGGAACCUCCUAAAUCCACACAGGCACAGCAAGCGCAGCAGCCAGUCUCACCACCUACACACCAUCAACAACAGCCUCCAGUGCAGCAGCAGCAGCAGCAGCAACAACCAGCCUCUCAACAACAAGGUAAUGCAGCAACAGGCUCAAGUCCAAAGUCGUCAGCAUCCAAGAUAGCCGGCACAGUGGAGGAUGGCAGUAAAGAUGAGUUUACCCCAAUGCCCCUAGCAGCACCACCACUACAGCAGCCAAAGAUUGAAGAUGAUGAAACAUUGUUUGGAAAAAGACCAGAAGAUCCCAAGGAAGCUGAAAUUUGGGAAAAAGCUAAUCAGAUGUACAAGGACGCUUUGCCGUUGAUCAAUGGGAGCAAAGAGAUGAUUAAACGUGGGUAUGGAUUACUAAGGGAUGCAGCGUACCUGAACAAUGCCAAAGCCCAGGAGUUGGUUGGCUAUUCCUACAUGGUCGGUAACCAUCUACCCAUGAACCACAGCGGUGCAGAAGAGAUGUUCCUGCGACUUGCUGAAAAAGGGAUUCCAAAAGGCCAAACGGGUUUGGGCUUUUUGUAUGCCAACGGCAUAAGCUUCAACUCCAGCCAAGCUAAAGCACUGGUGUUCUUCACAUUUGCCGCUUUAGGAGGUGAUCCCCAUGCCCAAAUGAUUCUGGGGUAUCACUACUGGUCUGGUAUCGGGGUGACUCAACACUGCGAGACUGCACUGACAUACUACAGGAAAGUGGCUAAUACAGUUGCCGAUCAAGUCUCACACAGCGGCGGAUCAGUGGUGCAGCGGAUUCGACUGUAUGAUGAAGAUGAGAAUACAGGAUCCCAUGGAGGUGUCUUAGAUGAGGACCUGAUUCAGUAUUACCAAUUCCUUGCUGACAAGGGGGACACCCAGGCCCAGGUCGGGCUUGGCCAGUUGCACUAUCAAGGUGGGCGUGGUGUUCAUCAGAACCACAUGAGGGCAUUUGAGUACUUCACACAAGCGGCAGAGGCUGGGGAUCCAACAGCACAAGCUUUCCUAGGAAAGAUGUACUCCGAGGGAAGCCCGGUGGUUAAACAGAACAACUUGACUGCCUUCCAGUACUUCAAGAAGGCAGCAGACCAGAACAACCCUAUUGGACAGAGCGGUCUUGGUUUGAUGUACAUGUAUGGACGUGGCACUACCCAGGACUAUAACAAGGCCUUCCAGUACUUCCAAGCAGCCGCCGACCAGGGCUGGGUGGAUGGACAGCUGCAACUCGGCACGAUGUACUACAGUGGUCUUGGUGUGCGACGAGACUACAAGAUGGCUGUCAAAUACUUCAACCUUGCCUCUCAAUCUGGACACAUCCUGGGCUUCUACAACUUGGCUCAAAUGCAUGCGACUGGUACUGGCGUCAUGCGGUCUUGCCACACAGCAGUGGAGUUGUUCAAGAAUGUGGCAGAGAGGGGCAAAUGGUCUGAGAUGUUGAUGGAGGCCCACGACUCAUACAAGAAUCACGACGUCCACUCAGCACUCAUGCAGUACUCGUUUGCAGCCGAGCUAGGGUACGAGGUCGCUCAGAGCAACGUGGCAUUCAUCCUGGACCAAGGCGAUACCUCACUAUUUGGUGUCAAUGAGACGUACCAACGAGCUCUGCUUCACUGGCAGAGGGCAGCAGCACAAGGCUACACCAAUGCCAGAGUGAAGCUUGGGGACUAUCACUACUACGGAUACGGCACCGACGUAGACUACGAAACGGCAGCCCUUCACUACAGGCUAGCCUUUGAACAGCAACGCAAUGCCCAGGCCAUGUUCAAUCUGGGCUACAUGCAUGAGCAGGGACUAGGCAUGAAAAGGGAUAUUCACCUUGCCAAACGUUUCUACGACAUGGCUGCUGAGACCAGUGCUGACGCCUACAUUCCCGUCAUGAUUGCUCUGGCCAAGUUGGGCAUCCUGUAUGCUUGGCAGUACUUGCAGGACUUUGAGUAUGCGGAGCAGUGGAGUCAGCUGGACAUGGAGGCCAGGUUUGGACCUCACUGGGACAUGUACCUGGUUACCAUUCUCUUGGGCUUCAAUGUCAUCCUGGGUCUCUAUGUCCUCGCCAGACGCAAUUAUCUCUAGACCCUUCCAAAGAGAGCAGCCCCUCAGUUUCUUUUCUCAUCACUGGAUUCUGAUGAUUAUUAUGUGGUGUUAUCUGUUUAGUGUUUUGUUCUCAGUGAAUUUUAUUCUUAACCUGGUGUUUUUGUUUUAUUAUUUUUUUAAAUGGGUUUUAUUCUUUGACGAGUUUUGGAACCAGUUUUAUGGUCACUGCAAAGUGGAGGAUUGCCCCAUUUAUUUGCUUUUUGAGUCCAAAAAUAACAGCAGAUAGAAGAGUUAUAAAUUAAAUAUACACUGGCAGGUUAUCUAACUUGCUUAGCAGAGCAUUCCUAUGUUAAGCAUAUUUGCAGGUUUGCCAGCUUUAGGACAUUUGCUCCAAGCUCUUUUAUUCUCAAGAACAGUGUGUUUGCCACUGUUUUUAUUAUUGUCGUCUUUUGAAAUUGAAAUUAAGUCUUGCACAUCUGGGCAUGUUCGUCUCACUUCAUAAGGCAUUGCAGACAAUAUCACCACAUUAUGUUUGGCUAGUAUACCGUUGUGAUCAGAAAAUAUCACCCGUACAGUCAGAUCAAACUACACGUGUGCAAAUCACCAAUACUUAGGCCUAGACCAUUCUUCUCUGUUUGUUUUAGUUUUCAGCCUGAAGCCAUAUUGCGCGAAAAUAAAACCGGAUCCUUUCUUCUGUUUUUCUGUUGUAAAUAUCAGUUUAUGUUAUCAUAAUUGCCUGAUUACAGACAACUACAGCUAUUUGUUCCAACAUGGACUGAAUCUGUUUCUUUGUUCAAAAGCGGCUGUCAUAUUAUACUUACUACAAGCUUCAGUCGCCCACGGAACUUAGACUUGAUUGAGUUAGUUGAUCACAUACAAAGAUUGGCAGAUCACAGAAGGCAUCAUGCGUGAAUGCGGACAUAGGCCUAGUACUUGUGUUAAUUUUGUUUUUCAUAGCGUCGUAAAUUGAUAAUUAAACUAUUGAUGUCAUACUAUUUGAAAGCAAACUUCGUUUUAUUCUACGCGCCACAUUGUAGUACAUUGUAGUUAACAUUGUCAGUUAACCGUUUAAUUUAUAAUUGGCUCGAAGAUGCCUUAUUUUGAUCAGUUUGGCACGGUGAGAUUCAAAGACAACAUUCAAAUGGCAUUGUUGCGUAAACUUUUCCUUUUAUCGGCAUAGUGGUGAAAUUUAAUAUUGGGUGGUGGGGGGGGGUUGCUGAAAACCUUAACUUCCUAAAACUAAGGUGACAUUCUGUGUCAUUUACUCCCCCAUUGGAUUUUCCAGUGCUUUGAUCACUUUAUUAAUUCGUUUAGCAGUGGAAUUUAAUUUAUUUACAGAAUUUUGAUAAGAUAUAACAUGUACAUUUUUAAAGGUGUAAACAGCUUUAGAGAAACAGGUGUAAUCAAAUUGCCUGGGCGUCCAAUUUGCUUGGUAUACUGGGAGUCGCUUCAUCCUGUUCACUAAAUUGAAUGCAUUAAUUUUCAGAUCAUGUUUGCUUUGUUCAAGGAAAGUUUUGCCUGUCGAACAAGCAUGAAAUUGACGGGUAUGUUUGAUUAAAGUUCACAGGUGUGAAAAUUAAACGUU